AAUGUAUUCCCCUAUUAAACUACCAUAUGGCAAGUAUCGUCAACGGUAUGGAAUUACGGCGUUGGCGGAUUUAGCAGGACUCUUAUGUAGUUGUUCUGACAAUUUCUCAAGCCCUUGCUGAUGUAGAAUUUACAUCUCAUACGAGAAUCAUUACGAAAGUCCUUACGAGCAUUGCCAUUGACACAUCGGGCAUUCAACUAUCUCCGUAGUUAACUAUCUCCGGUUGACAGAUUAGGAAAUACGGAUUUCGUUAGAACAGAUUUCGGACGAAACAGUUUGGUAUGAAAUAAUGGGCUGGUUAAACGAUAAGACAUAAACAAUUUAUUAAAAUAAUAACUACCCGUCGCUCAACAUGUCAUCACUCAAGCCAAUUAUCCUCUGGGGACAUAACUCGGGUCCCAACCCCUUAAAAAUCCAUAUUAUCCUCGAGGAACUUGAUAUCCCCUUUGAGCAUAAGAUAAUUGUAUGGGAAGAAAUGAAAAAAGAGCCUUUCAUCAAUAUCAACCCGAACGGAAGAGUACCAGCAAUUGAAGACCCGAACACCGGGAUCACUCUAUGGGAGUCGGGUGCUAUUAUUGAAUACAUCAUCGACAACUACGAUAAAGAGCACAAGCUAAGCUACGGUACUUCUCCCGAGAAGUACUUGAUCCAACAAUGGAUCGCCUUCCAGAUCUCAGGACAGGGGCCCUACUACGGUCAAGCCGUAUGGUUCUACCGGUUCCACCAUGAGAAGCUCCAGUCCGCAAUUGAUCGAUACGUCAAAGAGAUCGAGCGCGUAAGGAGUGUCCUCGACAUGCAUCUCUCUAAGUCGUCAUCCGGGUGGCUCGUCGGUGGUAAAAUGACAGUUGCGGAUCUCAGCUGGAUUAUGUGGGAGCAAAUUGCAACUUUCUUUAUUGGUUUGAUGGACAUCAAUCUGGAAGGUAAGUACCCGCACUAUGAUAUCUGGUAUAAGAAGUUGCUCGAGAGGCCUACCGUACAGAAGGUCUUAGCUAUCAGGACGGAAUGGCUUAUUCAGAAUGGGCUCAUUGCGGCAGAAGAUAUUGCCAAGCGGGCCUAAAGUAGAUAUAGCACACACGUACAUUUUAGGAUGACUCCGAUGGUGUUUUAUCAGAGGUUUAGAAUGUCUAUGUAGAUUUGAAUGAAACAAAGGAUAAUGGGUUUGAUUCUAUCUAUAAUAUUAAUAUAGUUAACUUGUGGUCA